CUGCUGCGGGAGGUGUCGCAGGACACCAAGGACGAUGGAGCCAUCCGGGAGAUCUGCCAGCGCCUCUUCAACACGGCUGUAAAGGUUUUUUCCGCACACCCCCUCGCACCCCCUCACCCUGCUCACCCUCCUCCUCCUCCCCGCAGGGACGGGGGCCAGGCCCAGCGCUGCAGCCAGGUGCUGCUGGAUGCUCCCAUCCAGCUCUCCCAGAUCACCGAUGGAUACGCUGACGCCGGUGCGGAUCUGCUCCCGGGGCUGCUGCUGAAGAGAGGCCAAACCUCGAUGGUGAAUGCCAAGAAACUGGAGAAGGCAGAAGCCAGGCUGAAAGCCAAGCAGGACAAGAGGAUGGAGCGGGAUUCCCUGAAGUCAUCUGGCCCUGUAGUCCUUGAGGAGGCAUCUGCCAGCCAAGCUUCCAGCAAGAAGGAGACUCGCAUGGAGUCAUCAGGCAAGAACAAGUCGUAUGAUGUGCGCAUCGAGAACUUCGAUGUGUCCUUCGGUGAGCGUGUCCUCCUGACGGGAGCAGACCUGAACCUGGCCUUCGGACGGCGCUACGGGCUGGUGGGCAGGAACGGGCUGGGGAAGACCACGCUGCUGAAGAUGAUUGCCAGUCAGAGUCUGCGCAUCCCCUCGCACAUCAGCAUCCUGCAUGUGGAGCAGGAGGUGGCAGGGGACGACACACCAGCGCUGCAGAGUGUGCUGGAGUGCGACACCACUCGCGAGAGCCUCCUGCGGGAGGAGAGGGACCUGACAGCUAAGAUUAAUGCGGGCAGGGGGGAAGGGACAGAAGGUGCCAGACUAUCAGAGAUCUACACGAAGCUGGAGGAGAUUGAGGCAGACAAGGCCCCAGCGAGGGCAUCUGUCAUUCUCGCUGGGCUGGGCUUUAAUGCAAAGAUGCAACAACAGACAACCAAAGAGUUUUCCGGAGGCUGGAGAAUGAGGCUGGCCUUAGCCAGAGCGCUGUUUGCCAGGCCAGAUCUCCUUCUGCUGGAUGAGCCAACGAACAUGCUGGAUGUGAGGGCUAUUUUGUGGCUGGAGACCUACCUGCAGACCUGGCAGUCGACAAUCCUCGUGGUGUCCCAUGACAGGAACUUCCUGAAUGCUGUGGCCACAGACAUCAUCCACCUGCACUCACAGCGGCUGGACACAUACCGUGGGGACUUCGAGAACUUCAUGAAGAUCAAGGAGGAGCGGCUGAAGAACCAGCAGCGAGAGUAUGAAGCCCAGCAGCAGUACCGUGAGCACAUCCAGGUGUUCAUCGACCGCUUUCGCUACAAUGCCAACCGGGCGUCCCAAGUCCAGAGCAAACUCAAGCUGUUGGAGAAGCUGCCACAGUUGAAACCCGUGGACAAGGAAUCUGAGGUGAUAAUGAAGUUCCCCGAUGGCUUUGAGAAGUUCUCCCCCCCGAUCCUGCAGCUAGAUGAAGUAGACUUCUAUUAUGAGCCAAGUCACUACAUCUUUCGUUCCCUCUCCGUCUCUGCUGACCUGGAGUCCCGUAUCUGUGUGGUUGGGGAAAAUGGAGCUGGCAAGUCGACCAUGCUAAAGAUCUUAAUGGGGGAGCUGGCACCAGUUGGAGGGAUCAGACAUGCUCACAGAAACCUAAAGAUCGGUUACUUCAGCCAGCACCAUGUGGAUCAACUGGACCUGAACAUCAGUGCUGUAGAGUUACUGGCAAGAAAGUUCCCAGGGAAGACAGAGGAGGAGUACCGACAUCAGCUGGGGAGCUACGGCAUCUCAGGGGAGCUGGCGGUGCGCCCUGUGGCCAGCCUGUCUGGAGGUCAGAAGAGUCGCGUGGCCUUUGCCCAGAUGACUAUGCCCCGCCCAAACUUUUACAUCCUGGAUGAGCCAACAAAUCACCUGGACAUGGAGACCAUCGAGGCACUGGCAAAGGCACUGAAUAAGUUCCGGGGUGGUUUAAUCCUGGUGUCCCACGACGAGCGCUUCAUCCGCCUGGUGUGCCAGGAGCUGUGGGUGUGUGAAAAUGCCACUGUAACCCGCAUCGAGGGUGGCUUUGACCAGUACAGGGACAUCCUGAAGGAGCAGUUCCGGAAGGAGGGUUUCCUAUAA